AUGCGCAUAGCGACGCUGAUUGCACUCGUGCAGCUGUCGCUCGCUACAGCUGUUUCAGACGAGUUCAACAGCCUCACAGCGGCUGAGUUGAACCUACAACUCUCUCCUGAAAAUGCCCUGUCUCCAUUCUACGAGAGCUCUGAGGAAGGUGUCACCUUUGUCAGAGGCUCAAGAGCAGCCGACUCGCCAUUGUCACCAGACAUAGACGUUCAAUGUUCAAAUGAUUAUAUCGAUGUGACAGUAGAAUUCUCGGAUAUAUAUGAUGGAAUUAUUUAUAGUAAAGGAUAUUUGAGCGACCCUAAUUGCAAAUACGUGUCACUGGGAGGCAGCCAAUCUAGGUACUCAUUCCGAGUUCCCUUAAAUGGUUGCGGCUCUAGACCUCUCUGCAAUGCUUGCGGCACCAUCGACAAUGUUCUCGUUUUCCAGGCUGAUGACUUCAUCCAGGGCUCAGCUGACUUUGCCCGAAAGAUAUCAUGUGUUCGAACAACCCUAGAAGUAUCAGCUGGAUCAGAUGGCAGUGCAGGUGCUGGAGCUUUAGCAGUUAGAGAUGAACAUACUCUAAAACUGAAGCCAUUUAUGGUUGACAUGUUAGAUAUAGUUGCUGUCCAAGGACCAGCUGGAGGUGUCGAGUGCUGGAUGGAUAUACAGAAGGGAGUGUUCCCUAAUACAACCCCGUUGAAAGAUUCAAUCAAGAUAGGCGAAUAUCUGACUAUCCUGGUGUACCUGAAAGACGUAAGGAACCAGUUCAAUCUGAAGAUACACGACUGCUGGGCCUAUGAUAGUGACAACUAUGACAGCCCCAAAACAAAUAAGAUUCAACUUACAGACAAACAAGGAUGCCCAAAGAAGAAGAAACUGAUUGAUUUGUGGCAGAAGUCAACAAACACAGGCAAGAGUGGAGCCACUUUAAUUGCAUACAGCAAAGUGAGCGCUUUCCGCUUCCCCGAGACUGAUCAAGUUUACCUAACGUGCAAUGUAGAGCUCUGCACAAGCAGUUGCGAUGCGAGCUGCGAUGGAAUUAUCAAGGAAGUGUCAACAACAAUCAGACCGGAUAGAUGUUAUCCGGGAUCAAGAGAGCCUGGAUGUCAAACAGCCACAGCGCCUCCACAAAUCAAAUGCUACCCUGGUUCGACAGACCCAAGGUGUCCUCAACCAACGACAUCGUCACCACUGAGAUGCUAUCCUGGCAGUAAUGACCCGCGUUGCCCCAAACCCACUACUCCUGAGGCACCCAGAUGCUACCCAGGAAGCUCCGACCCUCGCUGUCCUCAGCCCACAACACCAGCACCACCAAGGUGUUUCCCGGGAUCGACAGACCCACGGUGUCCCAAACCCACCACCCCUGAGGCACCUAGAUGCUACCCAGGAAGCUCCGACCCUCGCUGUCCUCAGCCCACAACACCAGCUCCGCCAAGGUGUUUCCCGGGAUCGACAGACCCACGGUGUCCCAAACCCACCACGCCUGAAGCACCUAGGUGCUACCCAGGAAGCUCCGACCCUCGCUGUCCUCAGCCCACAACACCAGCUCCUCCAAAAUGUUUCCCAGGCUCGACAGACCCACGUUGUCCUAAACCUACCACUCCUGAAGCACCCAGAUGCUACCCAGGAAGCUCGGACCCUCGCUGUCCUCAGCCCACAACACCAGCUCCCCCAAGAUGCUUCCCUGGUUCGAGUGACCCACGUUGUCCGAAACCCACCACUCCUGAGGCACCCAGAUGCUACCCAGGAAGCUCGGACCCUCGCUGCCCUCAACCCACAACACCAACUCCGCCAAGAUGUUUCCCGGGAUCAACUGACCCACGUUGUCCUAAACCCACCACUCCUGAAGGACCCAGAUGCUAUCCAGGCAGUUCAGACCCCAGAUGUCCAAACCCGACGAUUCCGACACCUAGUUCCUGUUAUCCAGGUUCAAAAGAUCCAAAAUGUCCUCAACCAUUCGCCCCAAGCAGCACAAAUCCACCAUCCACGUAUCUACCACCAUUCCCUGAUGAAAACGAAAUAAAUGCCGACAAAAGAAUAUCUGCUAACGAAUUAUCGGAUGAUUCUCUUCUUGGCCCAGAUUUUUUCCAGUCCGAACGAACCAAGCCUAGGUCUAGAACAGCCAGAGACGUCAGUGGUAUUAGCGAAGCAGUAGCGAAUACGAGCAACGGGAUAUUUUUGGCAAUAGGGGCAACCGCUUUCAUGGUUCUCUCUGUUACACUGAUGAUUUACUUGUUAAAAUGCAGCAGGAAGGAAAACAGAAAGACCGCGAAUCCUAUUGCUAAAAUCGAAAACCUUUGUUAAUAUAGAACGUGUGUACAAAUGAAAUUUGUUAUUUUAAUGUGAUAUUAUGUUUUUAUACAGUUACGUUACCAUUCUUACAAGUACGAAAUGGCUACGUUUUUUUUUUUUUAAUAUUUUAUUUAGUAAACGACCUGUCACUGCCUACUUUUAGCUUUAUAUUUUUUCGGGCGCUUCAAAAUGCCUAUUUUAUAGUUACAUAAAAUAGUGCCAUACUGACUUGUAUUAAAGUAUUCUCAAAAGAUAUAUUAUGUAUGUAAUUCCUAGUCAAAGUAUAUAUUAUUUUGCAUUGUCAAUUUUUAAUGAAAUCCUUGU